AAGAUUUUGCCUAAUCAAAUCCUUUAAUUUUAUAUAUAUAUACAUAUACAUAUAUAUAUAAUACUUUUUUGCAUUAAGAAGCUAGGUGUCUGCCAUUUUUUAUUUCUUUUUAAUAUUAUAUACAGGGAAAUAGUGACUUGAGAAUGAGACUGAAUGUUGCCAUCUUCUUUGGGGCUCUUUUUGGUGCUUUGGGGGUUUUACUCUUUUUGGUGGCCUUUGGAUCGGACUAUUGGCUUCUUGCAACUGAAGUGGGACGGUGUUCAGGUGAACAGAAUAUAGAGAAUAUAACUUUCCAUCAUGAAGGAUUCUUCUGGAGAUGUUGGUUUCAUGGGAUUGUAGAAGAAAAUAAUUCUAAUAUCUGGAAGUUCUGGUACACCAAUCAGCCUCAGACAAAGAACUGUACCCAUGCUUACCUGUCUCCAUAUCCUUUCAUGAGAGGAGAACACAAUUCCACCUCCUAUGACUCUGCACUCAUCUACAGGGGUUUCUGGGCAGCCUUCAUGCUUCUGGGUGUGGUUGCCGUGCUGAUUGCGAGCUUCUUCAUCAUUUGUGCAGCGCCAUUUGCCAGCCAUUUUCUAUACAAAGCUGGGGGAGGAUCCUAUAUUGCUGCAGGCAUCCUGUUCUCCCUGGUGGUGAUGCUGUAUGUUAUCUGGGUCCAGGCAGUGGCAGACCUGGAAAGCUACAAAAACAUGAAAAUGAAAGACUGCGUGGAUUUCACUCCUUCUGUUCUAUAUGGAUGGUCAUUUUUCCUGGCUCCGGCAGGGAUAUUUUUUUCUUUGUUAGCCGGUUUACUAUUUCUAGUUGUUGGAAGACAUAUUCAGAUACAUCACUAAUCUGCCUGUUGUCAUUAUAUUUUCUUGAGUGGUUUUAAAAAUGGAACAUACACUUUUAUUUUAUUUUAUGAUGCCAGCAUAGAAGUAGUUGAUAAAUCUAUUUGAAUUUGCCAUUUUACUUGUGAUUUUCUCUAACAAAAUAAUCCUAGCAUUGAUCUAGACAUCAACAUGUUUCUAUCUUAUCUAAGUGCUAUAAAGAUCCUUGUUCUUUAGGUGAAAAAAAUAGGCCUCCCUUUCAUUGAACUUCAAUUUAAAAAUUAAUGAAAAUUGUGAAAGUAUAAUCAUAAUUUAAUACUAUGUCAUGGCUGAAAUCAAGAUUUUAUUUAAACCCACUUCUUGGCAUUCACUUCCACUGCUAUUUAAAAAAAAUCUUUGGGGAAUGGUUAGGAAUGGGAAAUAAAUGUUAUAUUAGAAUUUACUCCGUAGUUAUUCAUAUCCACACACACAUUUACUAACUCCUCUAAACUACCUAUUAUUUAAAAAUUGAGAGCAAUUGUUCCUAUAGCAGGAAUCACACAAACUUGUCAGUUAAAAUAGACCACGACAAAACCAAGAACAUAUACUUAUUUAUUCCACUUACCAAGAAUGGUUUGGUUACUUAAUUUUAUUUACUUAUUUGCAUCUGCUUACAUAUAUUUGGAAGUAGCAAAUAUGUACACCAAACUACACAUAAUGCAGAUUGAAUUUUUAUGAACUUAGAGUGAGUUAGUUGUAUAUGGGAUAUGUUGAAAAUACGUAAAAAAAAGCACCUUAGUUUAGUACAUAAUUCUAUUUGAUAUUUAAAAAUUGCCAUUUAAAACUUAUGUUGUUAAUAUGUCCAGCAUGUGAAAAUUUAUUGAUGAAACGUGCUUUUAAUGGGUCCUAGCUACAAACUUUCAAAAUACUUCCAUAUGAGGAUGAUAAUAGCCUUGUUUUAUUCAAAUCUAUGAAAUACUAACUUUUCCAAGAUUAUAUGGGUUGCAGUUCUUCUGAUCAUUUGAUUCCAUUCAUGAUUGUGCCUUGAUUUCUUCAUCUUUACAACAGGUAUAUCAACAUUUAUAGGUCUGCUGUUUCAUCCUCCAGGAAGAAAAGGUUUUGCUGAGUAGUGGGGAGAAUUCUUUAUUAUUUUCUAGUACAGAUAUUUUACAUAUCAAAGAUGUUGUUUGGCAAUAAUUUUGAUUGAAAUCAAAUCCAUCUGAGAAGUCUUGAGUCUAUUUGCAUUUUGGAAGCCUUUGGCAUGGGGGGAGUUUGGUGUGAAAGAGAAACAGAGAAACAGCAUGGUUUGCUAGCUUUGUUCCGGGAGCGGCAUUUUGCUCCACAGCUGUUGUGAAUGGUGAAGGCACAACUCAGAGGCGAACAAACAGUAACCACCUAAAAGACGUGGAGAGGGAACCAGACCAUUUUUCCAUGUAACUGUUCCUAUGAUGGAGAGACUACUUGGGUCUUCUUGCAUGCCUCCUACCUUUUAAACGUCGUUUCAGUGAGAGGCAGCUCUGAAGGAACAGCAAAGAUCUGGAAUACCUGCAGAACCUUGAGGACACUUGAUAUUUAGUGGCAGGACUGUAAUAAAACUAUGACAACAGCAAGGCUUCCGGGGUUAACUGGGUCCUCAAGUCACUUCAGUUAUAUCAUUGAUAAUUUUAUGAUUGAUACUUUCAUUUUAUUGUUUCCCUUUCUCUUUCUUUUUUUUAUAUUGCUUCAUUUAUUUUCUUGCUUUUGGCUUGAUUAUUAAACAUAAUGAUGGGUUCUGUUAUGCAUAUUGACUGUGAUAUUAAGUUAUGGCAUGCCAUUAAGUUUUCCAGACGAUGUUACAUGUAUUUGAUUAGCUCAUGUCAUCUGUAAAUACAAUUCCUUUUUGUAGAACGUUGGAAUGGAGCCUUUUUCUGGUGUAUUAUAUGUCAUUUAAAUUUCACAUUCAAGCUGCUUUUAGUAAAGAUUUGAAUAUUUAUAAAUUUCAGAUGGUUAUCUUUACUUCCUAAUACAUUUAUGCAGCUAUCAUACACUUAUCGUAAGGCAAUUAGCCGAAUGUCUGAUUGUGCGACACUUUUACACAAAUCCACACUUUGGAAAUAAUUCAUAGCUGUAAUGCAUCAUCCGCAUUAAUUCAAACACAUUUCCCGAUCUACUUACCAGCAACCCACAGAAGGAAUAAAGGUGAGUCGUGUUUGCUAUGAAAGAGUAAAAUACAGUUUAACAGAGUAUAUUCUUUUAAUAGACUUUCAUCUGAUUUGAAAUAGUAUUUUAUUUCUCUUUUCAAUGUAUUGAUUACUUUUCAGAGGAAUCCAAAUUAGCUGUUAAAAAUUUUUUUAAGAGAAAUGACUUUGCUUCAUAGUGUCCCAAUUUAACAAAUAUGAUAUAUUUUGUUUAUAAUUUUAGAAGAGUGAAGUAAGGACAGUGAGUGCCCUUUAUAAUUUGGGGAAGGCUGUAAUUUUUUUGUGUUGUAUUUGUCUGUAGGUUUUAAGUCAGGUGAUAGCUAGCACAAACAUUGAAACUGGCAGGAAAAAUUAAAAACAGCAUCUAAAAGAUGGUUUUUAGUUUGAGGUCUGAGAUAGGACUUAAAUUAUCUCUGUAAAUUUAUGAUAUGUUGUUAUUGGUCAUUUGGUUACUUUAUAACUAUGCUGUGACAUAAAUUGAUUUGAAAACUAAAUUUAACUAAAGAUAUAAAGGUUAUGAUGGAAGUGUCACUAUUUGUUUUUAUCUAGCUACACAUGCUUGUAUGUUACAAAUCGGAUAUAAAGAAAAAAAAGACUGGAUGGUGGCAAUCAAUAUAUUUAAAAUGGGAAAAUUUGAAAAUUAUCUUCUCAGAGAACAGUAAUAGUGUUGUUUUCUCAGUGACACUUCAGUUAUUUUAUUCAAUUAGUGAUUGCAUGCUUAGUUCAAUGCAUAAACUGCUUUAUAUUCUCAUAAAAAUAUCAGAAUUGGCUUUCAAAGGAACUUGGUAUUUUAGCAGCUUUGGAAGAUAUGGAUGCUAGUAAAUAAUGAGCUGUGUACAGGUCUGUAGGGGAGCAUGGGGAGGAAGUGUGUGUGUGUGUGUGUGUGUGUGUGUGUGUGUGUGUGUGUGUUGGGGUUAUGUGGAGACAAAUUUAUUAUUGAGUCAAAGGAUGGUUUCAGUCUAAUUUUCGUGAGGCUCCAUCAGGAGUGGGGGCACGAAGUUCAUACCAAAAAGAUAACAUUUGUGAGGGAAUUAAAUAUAAAGAGAUAUUUCCUCAAUAAUGAUCAAAUAAAGGUUGGGUUAUUCAAACUAAAACUUAGUGUUCAAACCAAGACAUUUGAGUAAGUUAGUAUCAUGCGCAUUACAGUAAAGUUAAUCUCAGCAAAAGUUUUAUUCUAAUGAAUGGUGAAUGGUGAGAGGGAAAAAAGGACCCAGUCAGAGCUUUGAGUUUCUGAGUUAGCUAAUCAGGUAGGCACCGAGACUGUCUAAGGGGUGGAAAGUAUUGUAAGGACAGUUUGUAAAGCACAGGAGAUUGGAGAUAUACUAAAAAGUCCACUCAAAGUUUUGAAGCAGUAUUUCCCCAUAAAUGUGUAGCUAUGAGUGUGGAAUAUUUAAAGGGAAGUAGGAAAAUUUAAUUUUGUAAAACGAUUUCUCUUUCAAUAAUAUGAAGAAUUAUAUAGUGUGUCUGAUUUCUUUAUUCUGCAUAUAUGUAAAUAUAACAUGAAUGUCAAUUUAUACAGAGAUUUGAAUAGAAUAUAUUUACUAAUGAAUAUAUGUAUGAAUACAAGUAUGCAUCAUAAAUAUGUGUAUUUACAUGGCAAGUAAAUAAAUUAGAAUGAUUUCUAAUUCAGAGUAUUGACGAUUUUCUCAUUUGCACAUA